GCACAUGAUCACUCCUUGGUCUUUCCGCAGCACUCAUUCAGUGCCCGCGACUCCGCCUGAGCGUCUCCACAAUGGUCAUCUGCGGCCUUUGAGUGCGUCUGGCGGAGGCUACGAUUUGACUGAUUACAUUUUCGAGGAUAAUCGUGCUCACUCUGCCACCACCCUUCCGUGUCACACCCGUCGGACCUUGUCCCGCAAUUUCCCCUCAUCCACAAUCGAAACACUCCAUUCAAGAACACAACACACUAAUUUCACGCCACUAUCAUUACGAGUCAUCGACGAACGUCGGGCCCAUGGCGCUCACAAACGCGGAAAGACGUCAGCACAAAAGAUCGAGCAUUCCAAGAGAUGGGGAUAGUCCUGCAGUCCAUCGGGAAAGAGAAUCAGAGCUAGAUUAUGGGACGGGCCGAAACUCACCUCGACCAGCUUGUCCAUGGUCUCGUCCUCGAAUCACGACAAAGAUGUCGUCCUUGGGCGCUUCGAAUCCGGCGGUCCGGAUAUGGUCCGACACCGCGUCCGUCUUCUGGAACCACUAUUCGCUCGAUGAGCACCGAGACGCAGCGGAGGCUCGCGAUUGGCUCACCAGGGAAUGCUGGACCAGAUUCGCCUUUGCCGCGGGAACGGUCUGCAUCACCGAAUCCAUCAGUCGCUCCAGCCUGGCAUGAAGCUCGGGGAUAGGGAUCUCUGGGUGAGUCUUGAAUACGCCAAAGACUUCCAUCUUUGAUGGCCGCCGGAACAAUUUGGUCACGUGCUCGAGACCCCAUACGCCCAGCGCAGUCGCUCUAUUGCACAAGCGUCUUUCUAGAAUACAAUAAUGAGAAAACCGAAUGGCGUGAUCACAGACCAUAGAAUCCAGUUCGAAUU